UGUAUUUUUUUUACUCUGCAUUAUCUUAUGAUGUAUUUAUUUGUUUAUGAAAUUUUUUGUCUACAAAGAGGUGUUACACUAUAAGAAGAGGGGCUGAGUUUGUAAAAGUCUACACUGAACUCUGCGGUGACUGCAUUUUACUUUGAUAUGCAUUGACCUUUCUUGAAAGUGAACUUUUUUUGCCAGGGUCAGUUAAUGUGGUUUUCAAGAUAUGAUUCAUCUAAGCUGCUUUUGUUGGCCCAGCUUGAUUUUUUCUAAUAAUUAAGUAUAUUUUUUCAGAGGGAAGGAAAAUUUGUAUAAUUUGACUGUAUUUAUUGAAAGAAAUGCCCUUUUUUAUGUUUUGCACUUAUAUUGUUUGGGGAAACAAAAGUUUUUUGUUUGGCUUAGGUCAAAUCGAAAGCAGAGGAUCUGUUAGUUUGUGCUACUCUAAGAAGUUUUAACAAAUUGACUUUAAAGUCCCAAACUAACAAAUUAUUUUUUUCAACUGUCAGAUACUGCAUCAGGCUCACAGAGCUCACUGACAAAUGCACAGGGAGGACGCUGUAAUUCAGGAAUGAAAAUGAAAAUAUACGUCUGUAAAAGCAGCUCUGACAAAAAGUGUCCUAAAGGAAACAAUGUGGUUAAUGGUGGAUGGUCUGACUGGAGCAAAUGUUCAAGUGGUCUUCAAAGACGAGAAUGCAAUAACCCUGCCCCAGCAAGUGGGGGAUUAUCUUGUGUUGGUACCAGCCUAAGAAUGUGUUCAACAAAAGCUUCACAAGUGCUUUGUAAGGAAGAUCCAUGUACUAUAGAUCCCACUGUAGAUAGUCAAGCACCAAUUACACCUGGUCUUCCCUCUGGAGUAAUCACAACUGGAGGUAUGCAAAGUUUGAAUCUUUUGUCCAUAAAAUACCAGUACUAGUUGUAAUUAUCUGUUAAUUUUUGACCAACCUAUUCUAGCCUCUGUACAGCUGCCCCCUGACCUCCAAAAGAAAAUCAGGAAGGGGCCUCCUCCCAAUUUUCUUUUAGAGGGCAGGGGUUGGCUUACGCAAGCUAACUUAUUCAUGAAUGACAAACUUGCACAACAGUGUAAAAAUACAACCUUUUAUUCUACUUGCACACAAGAAUGCGGAAGUAAUAUAUGUUAGGUUUUAAACAUCUACAUUUUUACCACUACAUGAUGUUCACAUCUCUUAUAUAAUUGCAUGACAGUGAAACUUUGCAACUACAGUGUAUGUUAAAAGUGGUUUCUCAAAAUCACUUACCGUUUAAAAAAAAGUUGGCAACGUUUCCUGGUUUAACCCUGAACAUUGUGUUUACUGUUAGUGGUUUCUGAAUCAAAGAUUAUUUAUUCAGAGAGCACUGUCUGACAGUCAAUUUAACCACUGUCUUGUCUUUUUCAUAGUUAAUUCUGGUGAUGAAUUGCAGUUAAGCAGAGGACUUUUUGUUGGAAUAUGUGUCAUCAUAUUUAUAGUGGGGAUCUUAAUUGGCGGAGUCAUUGCUGCUCUAGCAUGUAGAAUUUCUAGAAACAAGUAAAAAAAAAGUACCGGUGUCCCUUUUACAAGAGUUCCUAGCAAAUUAAGUAAUUUCUCUCGUCCAACCUCAACAGUUUCUUCGUUAUCCACAGUUAGUGAGAAUGGACAUAUGGUGCAUCCUUAACAUUAAAAUGUAACUAUUAUCAAAACAUGUAGCUCUUACCCUCUGUGUAUCCUUUAGUGACCAAUUAGGUAUUUUUUCAUACAGUAAAAACUUAUUUCCAAGCAAAUUGUUGAUCACAAGGAAUAUUAUUUGACUUAACACAAAAUCUGUUGGCUGGGACUAAACCUUAUUGAGAUUUUUGGUGUGCACUAUUUUGAACUUUCCAUUAUUCUAAAGCCUUAAGGGUAAAAAAAUAUUUAGUUAUAAUAUUUAGUAAGUUAUUUGGUAUCCUUUAUGAGAAAGGUCUAAGGUAUUUGAAACUAACCAAAUUUAAUUCUAGAUAAAAUGGCAUCAUUAAAUAAAAUCUUACAUUCUGUAGGGCUCGACACUAACUUUUCAACUUACUAGCCCAGUGGCUAAUGACAUCUCAGAUGGUACGACAAUUUCAGUUUGUUUACUAGCCAAACUGGCUGGUGGGAAUGGAAAACCACCGGCCAAAACUGAAUUUCUACUAGCCUGUGGCUGGUCGGCUACCGUUAGUGUCGAGCCCUGCUUUCUGAUCCGUUAACGACACAAGGUAUUUAGUGUGCACUUUGAAAACAAGGCUAAGUGGUAUUUUUUCACAUCUAUGUAUACAUAACAACCAUAAGUAAUGCUGUUUUCUUUUUUUUCUCAUUUUUAUUCAAUUAUGUGAUUCAAGGAAAAUUCACUACUUGACUCAUGAAUUCCGUGUUAAAUUGCACUUGAAAAGCAAUAUCACACACAUUGCUUUGCAAUGCGUUUAAUAUCAGAAUUCACGGGACAAGUAAUGAAUUUUCCUAUCUAAUAUUUCAGUCUUAUGAAAAAGUCAUUUAACAAGAGGCCUUCACAUGCACAGCCCAAUUGUUCAAAGGGCGAAUGUUGCUAUCCACUGGACAGAGAUUUAUCCAGCAGAUAGCAUUAUCUACCCUUUGCACAACCUGGAUUAAGGUUCAACGCAUCUCUAACACUUGCAUUUUUGGAUAGUGUAUUUUCUUGUACAAAGUUUUUAAAAAAAAAAAAAAAAUUGGUGUGAUUGGACAUUUCAGUGUCCUUUCUGAAAAAAGAAUAGAAGUCAGGUAAGAACACAAUGAAUUUUAAUGUUUUACAGAUUGUUUUAUCAGUAGAAUCUAUUUGGGUGUGCCUGACCUAUUCAUACUGUAGCUAAGUAUAGUGAUUUUUAGUAUAUACUAAAACAGAGGAUAGCGUUGAAGGCGCACUCUGAUUGGCUAGUCAAACUCCGAAUAUCCU